ACCAAGAGAAUCCCAAAACGGCGCACGUUAGUUGUCUACUGCUCCCCUUAUUUUUCCUUUUCCUGAAAUAUUUUCCCCCAAAAUCUUUCUUCCCCUCACUAUCUCUCUUUGUUAGGGUUAUCCGCAACCGCAGUCACUCCUCAUUUCUCUUCAAUAUCCCCACUGAAUUAAUUUUGAAUCCAUUUCAGUUUCCCAAAUCUCUAACAAUUGAUUGAAUUAGGGUUUUGAUUCGUUUCAAUGCCUACUAGACAAAAUCCUACCGACUUCGGAACUACUCGCUUCGAUUUUGCGAUACCGAGUGGUGCCGGCGCUAUCAUCCUUUCCUUAGCCUUAUUGGGAUUUGAAUUUGGAUUUGAUUUCGGGAAUUUUUUGUUCGCAUGACGUAGAUUUUUUUGGGUUCUUUUUAAAUUUUCAAAUCAAGGUGGAUUUUUAUUUAUUUUUCCUUUUUUUGAAUUUUUCUUCCGCGAGAGAGAAAUUGGAGUUGUAUUUUCAUGGCGCCCAGUCGACGGAAGAGUGCCAGCAAAGCUGCUGCUGCUGCUGCUGCUCGCCGCCAGUGGAAAGUGGGCGAUCUUGUUCUUGCUAAGGUCAAAGGUUUUCCGGCUUGGCCGGCGACGGUAAGUGAGCCCGAGAAAUAUGGUUAUAAAUCAGAUUGGAGAAAAGUACUUGUUUACUUCUUUGGAACUGAUCAAAUAGCCUUGUGUAAUCUUGCUGAUGUAGAAGAGUUCACAGAAGAGAAAAAAGAACUUCUUCUGGGGAAGAGCCAUAGAAGAAGUGCCGAUUUUGUUCGUGCUCUGAAGGAGAUUGUUGAUUGUUAUGAGAAGCUGAAGGUAAAAAAUCAGGAUGAUCAUCUGGGCUCUGGCAGAACUCGUGAUGAAAAUGCUAUAAAUGGUGAUCUUAGUGCUACAGAUGCCACAGUUCCUGAUGGAGCGCAUAAGUCCAUUGUAAAAUCCUUCAACUCUUCCAGACCAAAAGAUGAACCAGGCACUGCUUUGGAAGAUGUUGGAGCACUAACUGAAGUGGAAUCGUUGCAAAGAAGAGUGCCUUCCGAAGAUCAUGAUAAUAAUGCUGUUGCACCCAGCGUGUCCAUGCCUUGCACUUAUACUUUAAGGAAAAAGUCCAGAAGCAGUCAGCCGCAAGGAUCUGAUAAUAAAAAGAAGGUAUUAGGUCAAAAGUCCAGGAGUUCGUUAAGGCUUCAUCCACGUGGUCUACAAAACGGUGACUCAAAAUGUACUUAUGAUAAAAAUUCUGAUGAUGGUGUAAAUGGCUUUCUGGAUGGUGCACUUAUAAGAGCUAAGAGAAGUAAAAGAUCACCUGAUUUGAAUAUUCCCAGUGUCGUGAAUUCACCUGUUUGUAAUUCCAAUGGAACUGUUGAUGAUAAUGGAUCUGAAAUUGCUAUGGCUGACUCUGAAAAUCUCAGUAAUAACGAAGGUAGUGCCAUUGAAUCUGACCAUAAAAGUGAACAACCAGAUUUUCUCAGUGGAAGUUUUGAAGGUCUUGAGUUAUUUAGAAGGCUUAAUUUUCAAGCCAAGACUGCUGUUGUGAGGAAGAAAAGGAAUUCAGGAAGGAAACGUGCUCAAAAUGAUGGUCUAGAAUCUACUUCAAAGUCAGAUCCAGAAGUAAAUAAUGAGACAGGGGUUCUGAAAGAUACAUUGGCAUUACAAGCUUCUUGUGGAAAUUUGAUUGAUAGUCAACCCAAGGAUGAAAGCGAUGAACACUUACCACUAGUAAAACGAGCGAGGGUUCGAAUGGGAAAAAUGCUGGCCGAGGAGCAUCAGAAGCUUGAUUUUCUCGAGAAGACUGAGCAAAAGUUAGUAGACUUUGUUUCAACUAGUUCAUCUAAUUUGGCUAGCACUUCUUCACAAUGUGAUGAAAGUCAUCAAGCCAAUAAUUUGUCAAUCGUGAAUGAAUUGCUGGUGUCUGUCCCUGUAGAUAAUCAUGGUGGGAUUGCAGAGGAUAAGCCUCAAUCUCUUAAGACUGAGAACUGUGUUGUAAAUGAGUCAGUAGCUUGUUCACCUGUGGAUAAUGGUAUUUACAUUCCAGGGGAUAAACCCCAGCCUUGGAAGACUAAAGCAAGUUCCCCCUUGGGCUGUGUAAUUGAUGGUGAAGCUGCUUUGCCUCCAUCAAAGCGCCUUCAUCGAGCUUUAGAGGCGAUGUCAGCUAAUGCUGCAGAAGAGAGUCAACCACCAAUGGCAGUGUCUUUGUCAACAAAAACAGGAGUGGAUAUCGAUGAGUCAGAUCUCCAUCAAAUAGAGAUCCAUUCCGACAUGCCUGUGAAUGCUAAAGUUGACAAUAAUUUAGAAUCCCAUUAUGAUUUCCUGAACUGUAAUAAUUCUUUGCGUUGCUCUCCAUCUAGAUAUGAUGUUGUAGCCAAGUCUUUUCAAGAGGUUUCUAUGUCCGACUCAGCUGAUAGGGUUUCUGUUGAAAAGGCCGACUUAAAAGAUAAUGUUAAGGGGCCGGCUGUUUGUUCAGAGAAUAAAGAACUUUUUUUGUCUAAGAAUACUGGGGUACCUGACAAUGUGCCCCCUGUUCAAGCCAUCUUGAGCAAUGUUACUGAUUCCAAGCCCUUGCAAUCUUUAGCUACUUCAUUAACUCAGCUUCCUUUGGAGGUUUUGAGCAAUGUAAAAGAAGUAGAAAUGGUUCAGGCUGAGGCAACGUGUGAAAAGCCUGAUGAUAAGUUGCAUUCUGUAAUAGGGAAAGAAAAAGAUGUAAAUGUAAGAUGCAGCAAUAGUAUUUUUAACCUCUGUACUGAGGAUGUUCGAAUUUUGGCUCCAAACGAAAAUUUAAAGGCUCCAGUGGAUAGCACCACUGAAGUCAGACACAUGUGUAAGGCAGUGGACGAAGUUUCAAAAAAUGAGACAGAUGUGAAUGCCUCAUCAUCUCCAUUGGAUGCAUCGUCACUGAAAACAUCACUUUGUGCUUCAGUUUCUGGUGGAAUGCCUUGUGAUCUGAGUGAUGCUAGUAAAAUUGCAAGUACAGUCCCUGCUGAAGCAGAUAAGCAGAAGCACGUAUCCCCUCCAAAUAGUCUAUUGGUUGCCUCAGAUAACAGUCUCGCCAUUGAUGCCAAAUUGCUUCAUAGUAUGCAUGCUAUGGAUGCAGCUGAAACUGAAAAUUUAGAUAUAAGUUUUCAUCACCAGAAUAAAUCAGGGGAAAGAACGAAUCUUGCAGAAGUGAAAGCUGCGCUUGCAUCUCUUGAGUUGACGCUUGGGUCACUGACUAGAACUAAAGAAAGCAUAGGCCGGGCAACACGAAUAGCAGUUGACUGUGUAAAAUUUGGUUGUGCUUCUGAGGUGGUUGACCUUCUUGUUCAAUAUUUGGAGAAAGAGUCAAUCUUACAUAAGCGAGUUGAUUUAUUCUUCCUGGUGGAUUCUGUUGCCCAAUGCUCUCGAGGUUUGAAAGGUGAAGUUGGUGGGGCAUAUUUCUCAGCUGUUAAGGAUGCACUUGCGCGUAUGCUAUCAUCUGCUGCUCCGCCUGGACAAGCUGCAAGAGAGAACCGUAGGCAAUGCUUGAAGGUCUUAAGGCUUUGGCUGGAAAGGAGGAUCCUCCCGGAAUCCAUCAUUUGUCAACACAUACGGAAGCUUGAUUCACUUAACUGUUCCUCUUCUACUGGUGGUUAUUCUCGGCGAAUGUCAAGGACUGAGAGAUCUUUUGAUGAUCCUUUACGAGAUAUGGAAGGCAUGAUGGUUGAUGAGUAUGGAAGCAAUUCAAGUUUUCAGCUCCCUGGAUUUUGCAUGCCCCGUAUGCUUAAAGAAGAAGAAGAAGAAGGGAGUGAUUCCGACGAAGGAAGUUUUGAGGCUGUUACUCCCGAGCAUAAUGCUAAAAAUCAAGAGUUGCAUGAAAUGACUGCAGUCGUUGCAACAGAGAAGCACCGGCAUAUCUUGGAAGAUGUUGAUGGCGAACUUGAAAUGGAGGAUGUGGCACCCUCAAGUGAUAUUAAAAUAGAUCCAAAUGCUGUUACUGCUGUUGAUGCUGCUCAGGAUGCACAGAGUUGUAAGGAGCGUUUCUCCGCUUUUGUCCCCCCAUUACCUCAUGAUGUGCCUCCUCGAGCACCUCCUUUGCCUACAUCUCCACCACCACUUCCCCCUCUUCCUCCUCCUCCUCCUCCGCCGCCACCACCACCUCCUCCUCCUCCACUUGCUCCCCAUGUAUCUGCUAUGUCUCACAUGGAUAUUGAUUCACAGCUUCAUGUUGGUAGAAAUAGCACCCAAGAAGCAAUUCCAUCAAGACCUCAGGCUUCUGUGAUGCAUCAUCCAAUGCAGAUGCCUCCAUCAACCAGUUCUUACAAUUCCUAUCCUGUAAUGCAUAAUCCUGUACCACCAGGGAAUAAUAUUCGGCCAAUGGAUGGGAAUUUAUAUGGCAAUUCUUAUAAUAUUAGGCCUCCUUACCCAUCUUCAUCAAAUCAUUUUUCUUAUAUUCCUGCGGAUCAACAAGUACGGCCACAAAGGGACGUUGCACCUCCAUACUUCGAUCAAUCUCGCUUUGGCCCGAGUGCGGAUGGUGGACAGUUUUAUGGAGACCAAGAUAAUGUCAGACCGCCAAGACACGAGUUAACAGAUGGCUGGGGAUACUCUAGACCUCCAUUUCCCGGUCCUUGUGAACCGAGACCACCACACAACCAUGGGUGGGCUUUUCCUCAUCCUAUGCACCAUCAAAAUCAUUUUCCUAGUAGACCACCUUGUGAUGCUCCUGGCUAUUGGCGGCCAAGAUGAGGAUCGUAGUAUUUCUUUUUGGCAACGGCUGUUAGACAGAAUUUUUGGUCCAGAUAAUCCGGCUUUGUGCACAGGAUCGAGGGACUCCGUAAAGUCCAAUAGUAAUUGCAAGUUGCAAAAACUGAGACCGGGGCAGCUCUUAGUAGCUCGUUUUCUUGUAUAUAUAAUUUAUACAUGUGCUCUGUUACAUUAUUGUGCACCCCCAACAGUCGAAUUAAUUCUGCUGAGCUUGUAUCAUCCAUAGAAGUAAUUCUUUCCUCCCCCACCACCCCACUGUUGAGUCAUGAUUUAGCAGUAGUGUUAUACAAGGAAGCCCUUCUAGGAAAUUGUUGAUUGUUAUUUGGGGCUUCUGUAUUUGCAGGUACACUCUAUCUGCACUGUUGUAAAGAAAUUUUGUUCAUAACCUUUUAGUCUCUCUCAAUUUUAAGGAAUAUGCUCUAUCUUCCUAUC